AUGAGGCCCGACGCACGUCUGGAUUCGGUGGUUUUCCAGCUCACCCCCACCCGGACCAGGUUCGAUUUGGUUCUGAUAGCCAAUGGCCGGAAGGAGAAGUUUGCAUCUGGUUUGUUGAAACCGUUCCUGGCUCACCUGAAGGCCGCCCAGGAUCAGAUUGCCAAGGGAGGGUACUCGAUCACACUUGAACCAAGCUCAGGGUUCGAUGUGCCAUGGUUUACGAGAGGCACCAUGGAGAGAUUUGUGCGUUUCGUGAGUACUCCGGAGGUCCUUGAGCGAGUCACAACACUAGAGUCUGAGAUCCUGCAGCUCGAGGAUGCCAUUGCUAUCCAGAGCAACGACAGUCUUGGAUUAAAAUCUGUCGAAGACCAUGGAAGAAAGUUGACUGAAAGCAAUGAAGGUGGACGGGCAAAUUAUGAUCCUGAUUCAGCCACGGCAAUUGUUGUCUACAAGCCUGGGUCAAAUUCAAUGCCACCAAUGCAGAAUGAAACAACAGCACAUGAAGAGAAUUCAAAAGUUCAAUUGCUCAGAGUGCUUGAAACCCGCAAAACUGUGUUAAGAAAAGAGCAGGCUAUGGCUUUCGCUCGUGCUGUGGCUGCUGGGUUUGACAUUGACAACUUGGGUUACUUGAUUGCGUUUGCAGAGCGCUUUGGUGCUGCACGUCUGAUGAAGGCAUGUUCACAUUUCAUCGAGCUGUGGAAGCAGAAGCAUGAAACUGGACAAUGGAUUGAAGUUGAACCUGAAGCAAUGUCUACACGCUCUGAAUUUCCUCCAUUUAACGCAUCUGGCAUUGUGUUCAUGGGAGACAACAUGAAACCAAACCUGGAAUCAGGGUCUAUUAAUGGAGAGGCAAAUGGCGAGGAUGGAGCUAAAGCUGAUCAGAAGUCAAGCCAGCAGAUGGGAUCUCAUGCUACAUAUCCUCCAUGGGCAAUGCAUCCAUCUGGUGCAGUUGUUUACCCACCUUAUCCUAUGCAAGGCAUGCCUUUCUAUCCUGGGGUGAAUCCAUACUACCCUCCAUAUCCUCCAGUGGAUGAUCCCAGGUACCACUACUCAGGAAGGAAAUCUUCGAGGAAGCACUCCUCGGAUAGUAAGGACUCAGAAACUCUUGAUGUUGAAAGUGACCAUAGCAGUUCAGAUAGAGGAAGUUCUCAUGGUCGCAAGUCACAUAGAAAGGGGAAGAGGUCUGGAAAGAAGAAGCCUAGUGUAGUUGUUAUCAAGAAUGUGAAUGUAACAUCUAAAAAGCAUGGCUCAUCAGAGAGUGAAUCACAAUCAAGUUCUGAAGUUGAGUCUGCGGACAGUGACAAUUCACACUCCAAAUCAAGAGAGAGGAAGCAUAAAAGCACAAGUUCAAAGAAAAAGGAGGGUAGGAGAACUACUUUUGACUCGGGAGAUGAGUAUAGCAAGGAUGAAACGUCAAAUGGCCACGAUGCUGAACAAGGUAACUGGAGUGCAUUCCAAAAUUUCUUGUUGAGAGCAGAAGAAAAAACAAGAUCUAGUGAUGCAGACCUGUUUGCUGGUGAGAAAGAACCCCCAUCAAGGAGAAAACAGAAUGUAAACACAGCAGAUCCUAUUCUUUUAGCUGACAGAGAUGGUGGCAAUGUCUAUGAGCGGAACAAAGUAGGCUUUGAUUCAGCCAAUGGGAGGACUAGAGCUAUCCGGGUCAUGUCCAAUGAUGAACUUAUUAUGUCUGGAGAAGGGAGAAGCUAUAUGGAUGGUGAAAUAAAGGAGAUUGAAGCGGGUGGAGGAAGGUACAGGAGAGGGACAGGUGAUGACUUCAUGGUUUAUGGUCAGGGAAGUCAGAUAGACAGACAUAGUUUGUUGGAUCCUCUUGCAGAGGCCCAGUACAAGAAUCCUGUUCAGCAGGACAAGAAUAGGAAUGGUCCAGCUCACAGGAUAAUAUCGGGAGCAGAAAGCAGAACUACUAUUGACAUAGAUGUUGAGCUUCCUUCUAGAAUUCAGAAAGCAUCAGAUGAAAAGGCUGGGCAUCAGCUUUUUUACGAACCUGAUGAAUUGGUGCCAGAGCGUGGAUUUGAAGAUGUUUCAUUUGGAUAUGAUCCAGCAAUGGAUUAUGAUAGCCACGUGCAGAUUGCUGUAAAAGUGGAAGAUGCAAAAACAGAGGAUGUCGUGCCAGUUACUGAGGGUGAUGUACAGAAGGUAGAGAAAGAGAAGCCAAGGAAUGCAAAGGAUGGUUCAGAUAAACGAAGGAAAGAUGCCUUAUUGAGGAGGCUAUCAGCGCCAAGGACCCCACUGAAUGAUGCACAAAAACGUGCACAGAACCUGCGUGCAUAUAAAGCAGACCUUCAGAAACUGAAGAAAGAACAGGAAGAAGAGCAAAUAAAGCGAUUGGAGAGACUUAAAUUGGAGAGGCAAAAGAGGAUCGCCGCAAGAGGUAAUGGAAAGGGUCCAGGGAAUGAUGCUCCUAAAGCGAAUGGUAUGAAUGGACUUAGUAAAUCAGUUCCAAACUUCACUGGGUUGAAAAAGGAGAAAAUGGAACAACUGAAUCACUCAGCGAUCGACUGA